AUGUAUCCUAAUUCAUCAUUUAAUCUGCUAAUCUUCAUCGCCCUAAAUUAUCAUAUAUUUUUUUGCUUUCUUAUUUUAGUAGAUGACGGUACUGGUAUCCUGCCUUGCACAUUGUGGCGUCGUGAUCCCAUCCCUCCGCCUCCCUAUCCCUUCGCCUUCGGUCAUGGACAAGAGACAUGCACUCAUAGUCGUUUAACUUGCCGCACUCUUAUCGGUCUGGCUUUUGACUCUUACGCCUUGGCACCUUCGAUCGCCACCGAUCCUUCUCAUUCCUCACUCUCUGAAUGGGGUUUGUACACUAAACGAACUUGUCUCCUCCGCAUUGGACAGCAUGUGAUACUGCGCGGACGACUAAAACGAUAUCGUUGUCAAUUAAGAAUGAACGCAGAUUAUUGUCGUUAG